AAUGAAUUGCAUUUGCAUCUCAACCUCACUACGACUUGUUAAACAAUUAUCUUCAGGUACUAGUGCUAGACAUCAAAAGCUAGUUCUAUUUUCGUACCACAUGCAUAUUAAAAAAGAUCUUCUGUAUUGAAGAAUCACUAGCUACAACAAGUGCUUUCGUCAUAUUUACAUAUUUCAUUCAUAACACACAAAAGGAAACAAAAUGGCACCUGUUGCGACGACAUCAACUGCUCCGUCUGUCGCUACGUCAAGUGCGUACGACUUGACGCCGAAGUUGGCACCCUUCCUCGACGCCCAUCUGCUCCUCAUGAUCAUGCAGUCUUUGAAGUCCGAACAAAUCUACCCAGAGGAAACCAUCACCGCGGAGAUGGUCCGCGUCGUUCGUGACCGUACAGAGCUGAUCAGCUUUCUGCAGGACUUGGAUCCACAGAAUGACCACACGGACAGGCUGAGAGCAUCUGCAGAUCGGGUGGUCGAAGAGAAAAAGGAGAUUCACCCAUUGUUGAGACAUUUGGAGCACUUGGAAACAGUAAAGGAAGCUGGAGCGGAGCCGACGUCGGGAGAAAGUAAGGAUGAUAUUCAAAAUCUUUAUUGCAUUCGCUGCUUGAGACAAGAAACCUUAGUUUUGUUGACCUACCUUUUAUUUACUCUGAUUCCUAUUAAGAUCGUCAUUUUCAUUUGUUGCUCCUCCACAAUGUCAGCUACGGACGCAUCUCAAAAACUUUCAGGCACCGACUCCUCUAGCGGAAUCUUGAACUGCCAAAGCUUUAAAGAGUUGGAGAAUAUGGGUGUAAACCGAAAUCAUUUGGAACUGUACUACAAAUGGUGCGUGUCUCUCUGGAAAGCAGGAAUCUACGACAAGAGUCUGGAAAACUUGAACCACUACCAGACGUUGAUGACGAAGGUACUCAACUAUUGCUUAGGAGAUGAUGCCUCUCGUGAUCAACCCCGGAGAAAUGAAAGACAAUUUCCAUUCGCGUAUAUCUUUCUUGUUGUUAAGUAGAUUUAUUUGUCAUUGCUUUUGCCUGAAGUUCGUCACCUUAUCAAUCUUCUCACGUUAAUGUCACAGAUAAUGGUAAAAGACUUGGAAAUGUCGGAGCAGAUGGGAGCUGAAUUGGCAGAAGAAAAGAAGAAAUUGAACCAGCGAAUUCUCAGCGUGAAGUGGGGUCUGCUUGCAGGAUACCUUGUCAAACAGGAGAACUACCCAGAAGCCGCACAACAGGUUAGAUUUUUAAUUUAACGAUCAUAGCAAAGGAGAGAGUUUUGAAAGAUACUACAAGAGGAGUUGUGCUUGGACGUGUUAAUAGUGCUAUUGACGGUUACGUCAACUAGAAGACGGGUCUUGCUGUAAGUAGAAGAGACUCUUGUGUUCAUUUCCACCCCCAACCAAAAAAGGACGACCUCCCCAACCCAACGACCAAACAGAUCCUCUCGAUUGACGAGUUCCUAGAAGAAGCAACUACGAUGACCAAGAAAGAAGUCUUGGUCCAGCGAACAUGGCUUCAGCACUGGAUGCUGUUUGUCCUCUUCAAAAGCGGCGACUUGGAAAGUACAAGCAUUAACAGCGCUAUCACAAGAGUGGUCGAACUCUUCUUGAGCGAAAAAUACUUGGCGUUGAUGAGGUACUAGUAGUUGAGUUGUAGUUUAUCAUUGUUGUAUUCGCAUAGGAGGGUGGAAGAUGGAGCUGAAAUUAUCACUGAAAAGAUGCCCACGAAUAACUGUCUUUUCUCAACAUCGUCCCUUUCAAAGCAUUUCUCAUAACUAGUUGUCCCUCACGGACACCAAGAACCCUUUCCACUCAAAAUUAAACUAACAGCUUGAUGUGCCCCUACUUGCUCCGAUAUGCCGGUGGUUUGUUCUUGAUGAACAAGAAGCUGAAAGGUAUGCUCAAGGAUCUCGUCCACGUCCUCGCACAGGACCGGGAGUCCUACAGCGACCCUUUGACGGAUUUCUUGCUCGCUCUCCAUCAGGACAUGGACUUCGACCGAGCAAAAGAGGCUCUCGAAGCGACGCAGAAACUCUGCGCCAGCGACUACUUCUUGAAAAAUAAUUUGGAGAGCAUUUUGUCUAACGCCAGACUAAGCAUUUUCUCGAUCUACUGCCGGAUCCACGAGUCGGUGGAUAUUGGUGUUAUCGCAGAGAAAAUGGGCCUAGACCCACCAAGAGCAGAGGCAUGGAUCGUGUCCUUGAUCCAGCAGGGAUCCUUGUCCAAUGCGUGCAUUGACUCGGAUGGAAAGGUAUUGUUGUUUUUUUCUAAACGGAACAAUAUUUGGUUAAUCGCUGACUCAUCCUCCUAAUUCCACUCCAUCUUCUUGUUCAGCAUUACCCACUCUCACGUCUACGCGAAGCACGAAGGAAGAGAAGUACAACAUUAUCUUCCCGUCCAAAAAUUCCACCACAGGGCAACUCUUCCGUCUUCUUUCCGAAGGAAGAAUCUGACGUCUACACACAAGUUGUUGAGAAGACUAACAACGUGGCAUUCCGAUUGUAUCUCCUCCAAGUCAACGCCGAUGGUAUUGCGAACAAGACAGGAUCGAAGAAGGUCACGAAAUUGGCAGGAGAAAUUGCGGCGCAACUGUCGUAAGCGGUUGUCUUGAGAAGUAGGUUUUUUGUUGACUUGCUGUAGAGAUCAGCUUCUUCGAGAUCGCAAGCAGAGGUGGGUUAUGGGAGAUAUAAGCGAUGCUUUCGAAGAAGAUAAUGUUGUUCUGCUAUGUAUUCAAAAUCUUCGCAGUAGUCAAUCCUCACAUUUGUUUUUGCUUAUUACUCUGCACCGAAAAAUUAUCGAAGAACUAAGUAUAUUCUACGUGUCAUGCUAAUUGUUUCACAAAAAGAAUGUGCAUCCACCUAAUGUUGUUGUGCAUAUACCAGCGCCCACGGUUUCUGGCUUUGAGAAUACCAGAAACAACGAUAAGAAAUUUAUACGGACGGUAAGGUUGCCUGCACUAAUACAUUCACACGGACGUAUAAUAACUAACGCGAAAAAUCCUUGUUUUGAACUAUCUUUCACACAUCCUAUUACAAAUGGAAACACCAAGCCACAUGAACGUGUGGUGUGCUAUGAUUUAAAUGAUAUGAUGAAUCCUUCAACAUCUGACUCCUUAUCACAAUGAAAAUGUAUCACCAUCAUGUUGGUUGUGCUACGUAGAGGUCCCAAGAUACAUUGAGUUGGCAACAGCUUCGACCUAAAGCCGGAGGCUCAACAACAUCCAGGAAGCACGCCUGUAGACGAGAGUAUGAUGGAGUUGUGUUCGUUGGCGAAGGCUCGUUAGUUUGAAAAUAAACAGCCGAGAUCCAUGAUGUCAGAUCACAAUUUUAAUAAAUUAACUGCCUAGACGAGGACGUUCAUUGAGAUCUUUAUAUUGCAAAUGAAUAAAUCGAUUGAUUCUCAUCUGCUGCUCCACAGAGUCAAAAAAUAGUUUAGUUGCCUCUUCAUCUUCGCCGUGACUAACGUCAACAGGAUCGUUCGAAUUCAAGCACGCGAAUUUUGAUUUCGGUCUGUUUUCGAGAUCGUAUCUUCCUAUAUACUGAUAAACAUCUAAUCAUUUAACACUAAAACAACUGACAAUUCAUUUUACCUCCUACAGCGCCAGAUACAUAGGUUUUUUUUUAGAUUUGAAAAACAAAGUAGGACAACACCCAUUCUUUCUACUAUUUGACGUCUAUCAGCGUUUUUCUUAGCACCACUGGUUGUAAGCGUCGUUUCUAUUACACUUUCCUUGAUCCUUAUCCUUUAGGAAACCAAAGAAAAUGACCCGUGGUAACCAGCGAGAGAAGGAUCGCGCACGAGCGCAAGCGCGCCAGGAGAAGGCGGGUGGGACCGGGAAGAAGACGACACUGGACGACAAAGCCGCUCAGGCGGAGAAGAUGAGGGAGAAACAAAAGGCUGCUGAAGAGAGGAAAAAAGCGGAAGCUGCUGCUGCACAGGCGAGUGGGACAACUCAGAAAACAACGGUGUCUGCUUCGGCUUAUAUGGGAGGAGCAAAGAAAUAGCAUCGGCAACGGCAGACUCUUCUACUCUUCUACAUUCAGAUGUUGAUAGUUUUGAUGAUCCAGAAGUAUUGUCAAAUUGCGGAUUCUGCCAUUCUAGCAAGACAAGCGGCUUAAUUAUAGAUGCUUGUCU